UUUGGGUUCAGUUGCGGGGGAUAGUUUUAACAGACGGACUGACCAGAAUAAUGAGCUGGGUAGUUAUUAAUUGCAUUUUAAUGUUAUUUUUUACCACUUUAACUUAGUCCUUAUAGAUAUUAAUUCAACUCGGUUUACAUUAAAGGCACGGGCUGCAUUUGUUUUGUCAACAGUCUGAUAAACGCGGCUACGGAGGUCGUUAUUCAUUUCUGGCUUUUACAAUCUGUCCUUCGAUUUGGAAACAAGCCAUAACAUAACAGAGGUCGGUAUUACGCACAUGUCCAGUGCUGACUUUGGAGUGUAUGUUUCAUGUUUAGGAGUUAGCUUUAUUUCCGUUGUGAAUUAGCGGUCAAAUAGCCUCCAAAAGAGACUGUUGCAGGAUCAAAGACGAUGUUACUGACGACUUGUCGCCUGACCAGAGCGCUGCAGCUCACCCUGGCGGUCAUCAAGCCAGAUGCUGUGGCUCAUCCCUUGAUGCUAGAGGCUCUUCACCAGAAAAUUUUGGACAACAACUUUGUAAUUGUCAGAUGGAAAGAUCUGCUGUGGAGAAGACAGGACUCUGAGAAGUUUUAUGCUGAACAUGCAGAACGAUUCUUCUAUCAGAGACUUGUUGAAUUCAUGUCAAGUGGUCCAAUGCGAGCAUACAUUUUAGCCAGAGAGGAUGCGAUACGACACUGGAGGGAACUGAUGGGGCCAACCAAAGUGUUCAGAGCCAGAUACACUUCUCCUGCAUCCAUCAGGGCCCAGUUUGGCCUCACAGACACAAGGAACACAACUCAUGGUUCAGAUUCUCCAGAGUCGGCUCAGAGAGAAAUCAGUUUCUUCUUCCCAGAUUUCCAUGUGGAGGAGUGGAUGGAGAAAGAGGAGCCGUUGUUCAGAUCAGGACGGAUUCACUAUGACCACCAAAACCAGACCCACAUGCUCUCGGCACCGAGCUGACCUCAGAGCAGCUCAGUGCUGGUCUGCAUUAGAGACUGAAGCUGCUACAGAUGAAGAGCAGCUGCUGUUAUUAAUGUGCCAUGGCGUUCGUUUUAUGUUGGUCUCAUUAAAACACAUUUUCCUUCAACAUAUUGCAUGAAGUCAUUCGAAACAAGGACCAUUUGUCUUUUCAUUUAUUAAAAAACAUAAAUCACUGGAUAAAAAGUCAACAUUGUGCAAAACAAGAUGACGCAGUGAGCCAGCUUUCGCCUCCACCGUCCUGCCCGGCCAUCACAGUAAACACUGCAGUCAUGUCAAUCACUUUCUGUUUCCUGAGCCACACAGGUUGUAGAACAGCAACAAAAACAUGCCAUGUAUUAAUACCAAAUAACAAUAAAUAAUUAACUAUGUAAAAUAGUACUAUAAUAACAUUUAAAUGGAUUUCAUUUUAUUGUUUUUGAACACCCUGUAUGCUGUGAGAAAAUAGUUAUUUUGGUCUAAAAACUAUGAAAUGUCAUCCUUUGUAUUUUCUUUUCCUCAUCAAUAUUUUACGUGUUAACCUCUCUGAGAUGGACAGAACACACAUACUGUAAAGAUUCUGGUAAAAGAUGACCUCAUUAUUUCACAUCCUCUGUCUUUCAGGGGAAAAAGGAUUCCUUCAGAAAAAUGUCUUUCCUGCAGUCAAGUGUUUUGUGUGGCCACCUGUUUGAGAGUCUCCACAGGUUUCAUGACCUCGUAGGUGGUGAGGGACUUCUUCACUUUCCCGUUCUUGUCCACCUGGUGGAUACUCUGUGUAACAGUAAUGGUCACCUGCUUGGUUGACAUCCGAUUGUCCUGCCAUUUGGUCUGUGAAUAAAAGGGAAAAGGAG